AUGCUGUCGGCCGUCUACAAGGCGGGUCGCGCUCCUGCCGUCCUCCGUCAUGGUCGCCGUGUUCCCGUGGCCUCCUCGCAGCUGAGGCCGCUGGUCACGGGCUCGAAUGCCAGCCCAUUCCGCACACAGGCCGACGCCGCUAUCUCGUCUAGGUUACCCCAAAGGCGGCUGCUCUCGGCCACGGCCGCCAUGGCCGCCGUGGCCCAGCAGGCCCCUAACCCAAAGGCGUACCUCGAGAGCGGUGUCAUAAAACCAAAGGAGCACGUCGAUGUCAAGAAGGUGCUGGUCAUUGGUAGCGGUGGUCUUUCCAUUGGCCAGGCCGGCGAGUUCGACUAUUCUGGAUCGCAGGCCCUCAAGGCCCUCAAGGAGGCUGGCGUGAAGUCGGUACUCAUCAACCCCAACAUUGCGACCAUCCAGACCAACCAUAGCCUCGCCGAUGAGGUCUACUACCUCCCUGUCACUCCGGAAUAUGUCGAGUACGUUAUCCAGAAGGAGAAGCCCGAUGGCAUCUUCCUCUCCUUCGGCGGUCAAACUGCUCUCAACCUCGGCGUCCAGAUGCAGAAGCGUGGCUUGUUCGAGAAGUACGGCGUCAGGGUCCUUGGCACCAGUAUCAGGACCCUCGAGCUCAGCGAGGACAGAGACCUGUUCGCCAAGGCUCUUGAGGAGAUCAACAUCCCGAUUGCGAAGUCGAUCGCUGUCAAUACCGUCGAUGAGGCCCUGGAGGCCGCUCGCAAGGUCGGGUAUCCCAUUAUCGUCCGUGCUGCCUAUGCGCUUGGCGGCCUGGGGUCUGGCUUCGCAAACAACGAGGAGGAGCUGCGGAACAUGGCUGCUCGCUCGCUCACACUCUCACCGCAAAUCCUGGUCGAAAAGUCUCUUAAGGGUUGGAAGGAGGUUGAAUAUGAGGUCGUCCGUGAUGCAAACAACAACUGCAUCACCGUGUGCAACAUGGAAAACUUUGACCCCUUGGGUAUCCACACCGGUGACUCUAUCGUCGUGGCUCCCAGUCAGACUUUGAGCGACGAGGAGUACCAUAUGCUGCGCUCGGCUGCCAUCAAGAUUGUUCGUCACCUGGGCGUAGUUGGUGAGUGCAACGUUCAGUACGCCCUGCAACCCGACGGUCUCGACUACCGUGUCAUCGAAGUCAAUGCUCGUCUCUCCCGCUCGUCUGCUCUGGCUUCCAAGGCGACCGGCUACCCCCUAGCGUAUACUGCUGCCAAGAUUGGAUUGGGCCACAGCCUGCCGGAGCUUCCCAACGCCGUCACCAAGACGACGACCGCCAACUUUGAGCCCUCGCUGGAUUACAUUGUCACCAAGAUUCCCAGGUGGGAUCUGUCCAAGUUCCAGCACGUCAAGCGCGACAUCGGCAGCGCCAUGAAGUCGGUCGGAGAGGUCAUGGCUAUCGGCCGUACCUUUGAGGAGUCGUUCCAGAAGGCUAUCCGCAUGGUCGACCCCAAAUUUGUUGGCUUCCAGGGAGCGAAGUUCGAGGACCUUGAUUAUGAACUUCAGAAUCCGACUGACCGCCGCUGGUUGGCGAUCGGUCAAGCGAUGCUUCACGAGAAUUAUACUGUUGACCGUAUCCACGAGCUGACUAAGAUCGACAAGUGGUUCCUUUACAAGCUCCAGAACAUCGUCGAUUGCACCAAGGAGCUCCAGCAGAUUGGUAGCCUCAGCGCUCUGAAGAAGGAGCACAUCCUCAAGGCCAAGAAGCUGGGUUUCUCCGACAAGCAGAUUGCCAUUGCUGUUGGUAGCACUGAAGACGAGGUCCGGGCUCGCCGUCUGGAAUUUGGCAUUCGUCCGUGGGUCAAGAAGAUCGAUACACUUGCCGCCGAGUUCCCUGCCGAUACCAAUUACCUCUACACCACCUACAACGCCUCAUCUCACGAUGUCACCUUUGAUGACAAGGGCACUAUCGUCUUGGGCAGCGGUGUCUACCGUAUUGGCAGCUCAGUCGAAUUCGAUUGGUGUGCCGUCAGUGCCACCCAAGCUUUGCGAAAGAUUGGAGAGAAGACAGUUGUGAUCAAUCAGAAUCUCAACACAACCCUUGAUGUUGCCGCUGAAGCUAGUGAGAAGGCUCAAAUUGAGGUUAAGCGGCAAUGGAACCGCAAGUGGCAUCGACACCAACUAGCCACUCACCGGGAAGCCUAUAUUUCUGCGUUGAGAGAGUGUGUUAGGCCGCCCAGGGCCAAUAAUCCGGGCCAGAGCGCAGCCCGUGCUAGGGAGAGGGCCCAAAGGGCUUUUGGAGAAGUGCUACUGCAGCCAGUUGUGACAAAGCCUCCAAGUACAAACACAGCUACACGAGUCACAUUCGGCACCUGCACCCGCGAGCGUAUGGCCCUUCCUGAGAAGCAGCCGUACUUCUGUCUGCUGUGCAAAUGCACCCUCGCCAGCAAUUCGAACUGGCACAGGUACAGGCGAACUGACCGCCACCUGGAGCAUAUCAAUGCUCUCAAGAAGAGUGGGAUGAACCCGGAAACUUUGAGCACAGAUUACGAUAAUGCUGACAGAUUAUAUUUUGAAGAGCUCAGUUAUGAACGUGUAAUGGACAUUUAUGAGCUCGAAGAGGCGAGUGGUGUUGUGGUGUCUGUCGGUGGUCAGCUGCCCCAGAACAUCGCCCUCCGUUUACAGGAGACAGGUGGCGCCAAUGUUCUGGGGACGGACCCUCGCAAUAUUGACCGAGCCGAAGACAGGCAGAAAUUCUCCGAGAUUUUGGACAGUAUUGGCGUUGAUCAACCGGCAUGGAAAGAGUUGACAUCCGUGAAAGCAGCCGAGGAGUUCGCCGAGCAAGUUGGCUACCCUGUUCUGGUUCGUCCCAGCUAUGUCCUUUCUGGCGCUGCCAUGACCGUGAUCCGGAGCAAGGAGGAGCUGAAGGACAAGCUAGAAGCUGCCGCCGAGGUCUCACCAGACCAUCCGGUGGUGAUUAGCAAGUUCAUCGAAGGUGCUCAGGAGAUUGACUUGGACGCCGUUGCGUACCAGGGCAAUCUGAUCCUGCACGCUGUUAGUGAGCAUGUCGAGCAGGCUGGCGUCCACUCUGGUGAUGCAACCCUCGUUCUCCCUCCCGUCAACUUGGACAACGAUAUUAUGCAGCGUCUUAAAGACAUCGCUCAGAAAAUCGCCAAGGCGCUGCAGAUUACUGGCCCCUUUAACAUGCAAGUUAUUAAGGCCGAUGAUCCGGAAGGUGGCGCCCCGGCACUCAAGGUGAUUGAGUGCAACUUGCGUGCUUCACGCUCAUUCCCUUUUGUUAGCAAGGUUUUGGGCACCAACUUCAUCGAUGUCGCGACUAAGGCGCUUGUUGGCAAGAACGUUCCGGAGCCCGUGGAUCUGAUGGCAGUCAAGCGCAAUUAUCUUGCGACCAAGGUUCCGCAGUUUUCUUGGACGCGUCUUGCUGGCGCCGACCCUUUCCUAGGGGUCGAAAUGGCCUCUACGGGCGAGGUGGCCUGCUUCGGCAAGGAUCUCGUCGAGGCCUACUGGACUUCACUCCAGUCGACCAUGAACUUUCGGGUCCCCGAGCCCGGUGAGGGUCUCCUCUUUGGCGGCGAGCUGAGCAAGCCUUGGCUCACGGCUGUCGUUGAUUACUUGGCUCCUCUCGGCUACAAGCUGUACGCCGCUGAUGCAGAGGUGAAGAAGCAUCUCGAAUCGACGUCCAAGCACGCUAUCAGUGUUCAGGUUAUCGAGUUCCCCGCCCAUGACAAGCGUGCGCUGCGCGAGGUGUUCGAAAAGUACGACAUCCGCGGCGUCUUCAACCUUGCCCAGGCGCGUGGCAAAACAAUCCAUGACGUCGACUAUGUGAUGCGCCGCAAUGCCGUCGAUUUUGGCGUCCCUCUUUUCAUGGAACCUCAGACUGCCAUCCUUUUCGCGCAAUGCUUGAGCGAGAAGCUUCCUCGUCCCUCGGGUAUUCCCUCUGAAGUCCGCAGAUGGUCCGAGUUCCUUGGUGGAAAGCCCCUCUGA